CAAUCCAAUUUCUGUCAUUGUCCAUCGCUGCUUCAUUUAAUAAACCUUUCAUUUUUCUUCAAAAUUAUAUUCCCAAAAUACCCUUUUCAUCCCCUGCAUUAUUAAACCACCCCAAAAUAAACAAAAAGAAACCACCUUUGUCAUCAACAAACAGGAGAGCCUUGCUUCUGGUUCUCCAUUAAUGGCUUCCAUAUCUAACCUCGUUGCCAAGCCCACUUAUCCACCUCACUCUCUCCCAAAAUCAUUCACUGCCCACUUCUCCUCUCCUCUCAAACUAUCAUUCUCUCCAAAGAAACGGGUGGUUCAGGUUAGAGCCGGGUUGAUUGAACCCGACGGUGGAAAGCUCGUUCAACUGUUUGUUGAAAAGUCUCAGAGAGAUUUUAAAAGGAAAGAAGCAAUUUCAUUGCCUAAAAUUAAGUUAACGAAGAUUGAUCUUCAAUGGGUUCAUGUUUUAAGUGAAGGAUGGGCAAGUCCUCUUAAUGGAUUCAUGAGACAAUCCGAGUUCCUCCAAACUCUUCAUUUUAACUGUCUUCGUCUUAAUGAUGGGUCAGUUGUUAAUAUGUCUGUGCCGAUUGUGCUUGCUAUUGAUGAUUUGAUUAAGCAACGGAUCGGCGAGGCUAAAAGAGUCGCUCUUGUUGACUCUGAAGAUAAUACUGUCGCGAUUCUAAAUGAUAUUGAGAUCUACAAGCAUCCCAAAGAAGAACGUAUAGCAAGAACAUGGGGAACUACUGCCCCUGGUCUACCUUACGUUGAACAAUCUAUAACCAAGUCUGGGAACUGGUUGAUUGGAGGGGACUUGGAGGUUAUUGAACCUAUCAAGUACCAUGAUGGUCUGGAUCGUUUUCGAUUGUCACCUGCAGAACUCCGUCAGGAAUUGACUAAGCGCAAUGCAGAUGCUGUAUUUGCUUUUCAGCUCAGAAACCCUGUGCACAAUGGCCAUGCUUUAUUAAUGACCGAUACUCGUAGGCGGCUUCUUGAAAUGGGUUAUAAGAAUCCUGUCCUUUUGCUUCAUCCAUUAGGAGGCUACACAAAGGCAGAUGAUGUUCCACUUAGUUGGCGGAUGAAGCAACAUGAGAAGGUGCUUGAAGAUGGUGUACUUGAUCCUGAGACAACUGUUGUUUCUAUUUUCCCAUCUCCCAUGCACUAUGCUGGUCCAACUGAGGUGCAAUGGCAUGCAAAAGCUCGGAUCAAUGCAGGAGCUAACUUUUACAUUGUUGGUCGGGAUCCAGCUGGAAUGAGUCAUCCAGUUGAGAAAAGAGACUUGUAUGAUGCUGACCAUGGGAAGCAGGUGUUGAGUAUGGCCCCAGGAUUGGAGCGGCUAAACAUUCUCCCUUUCAAGGUUGCUGCAUAUGACAAGACUCAGGGUAAAAUGGCAUUCUUUGAUCCUGCAAGAGCUCAAGACUUCCUCUUCAUAUCUGGCACAAAGAUGCGAACACUUGCAAAGAACAAAGAGAACCCCCCUGAUGGAUUUAUGUGCCCUGGUGGCUGGAAAGUGUUGGUCGAAUACUACGACAGUUUAUCUCCAGCAGAUAAUGGAAAAGUUCCCGAACCUGUUCCGGCUUAGACGGAUUUGCUGUAACAUAAUGUGAUGGCAUCUGAUUGGGAGAAACCUUAAUACAUUAUUUAUCUCCACUGUGUGUGGUGAAGUUGUUGUAAAUAUUUUCUGUCUAGAUCUCUAAUAAAAGCAUGAGGCACUGAGUACAGGUUAACAAAACUUGCCUCAAUCUGCAAUUAGGUUUGCUCAUUGGUGGCAUUUCGCAUUUGGUGUGAUGUGAUGUGAUGGCGCCUUUUGUAUCAUACUGUAUUCUGCUUCUAUUAAAGAACGUAGAUUGUGGGGGUGUAUUUUUAA